GGCUGGCGGCCCGGCUGGCGGCAGAGGCACGGGGCCUGGUCCCGCCGUCACCAUGGCGAAGACCGUGGCCUAUUUCUACGACCCGGACGUGGGCAAUUUCCACUAUGGGGCUGGACACCCUAUGAAACCCCAUCGCCUAGCAUUGACCCAUAGUCUGGUUCUGCACUACGGACUCUAUAAGAAGAUGAUCGUUUUCAAGCCAUACCAGGCCUCUCAGCAUGACAUGUGCCGCUUCCACUCUGAGGACUACAUUGACUUCCUGCAGAGAGUCAGCCCCACCAAUAUGCAAGGCUUCACAAAGAGCCUUAAUGCCUUCAACGUGGGUGAUGACUGCCCAGUGUUUCCCGGGCUCUUUGAGUUCUGCUCCCGUUACACAGGCGCAUCUCUGCAAGGAGCAACCCAGCUGAACAACAAGAUCUGUGAUAUUGCCAUUAACUGGGCUGGUGGUCUGCACCAUGCCAAGAAGUUUGAGGCCUCGGGCUUCUGCUAUGUCAACGACAUUGUAAUUGGGAUUCUGGAAUUGCUCAAGUACCACCCUCGGGUGCUCUACAUUGAUAUUGACAUCCACCAUGGUGACGGGGUCCAAGAAGCCUUCUACCUUACUGACCGGGUCAUGACAGUGUCCUUCCAUAAAUACGGAAAUUACUUCUUCCCUGGUACAGGUGACAUGUAUGAAGUUGGGGCAGAGAGUGGUCGCUACUACUGUCUCAACGUGCCCCUACGGGACGGCAUCGAUGAUCAGAGUUACAAGCAUCUUUUCCAGCCGGUUAUCAAUCAAGUAGUGGACUUCUACCAACCCACAUGCAUUGUGCUCCAGUGUGGAGCUGACUCCCUGGGCUGUGAUCGAUUGGGCUGCUUCAACCUUAGCAUCCGAGGACAUGGGGAAUGCGUUGAAUAUGUCAAGAGCUUCAAUAUCCCUCUGCUGGUGCUGGGUGGUGGUGGCUAUACUGUCCGAAAUGUUGCACGCUGCUGGACUUACGAGACGUCGCUGCUGGUAGAAGAAGCCAUUAGUGAGGAGCUUCCCUAUAGUGAAUACUUCGAGUACUUUGCCCCAGACUUCACGCUGCACCCAGAUGUCAGCACCCGCAUUGAGAAUCAGAACUCACGCCAGUAUUUAGACCAGAUCCGCCAGACAAUCUUUGAGAACCUAAAGAUGCUGAACCACGCACCUAGUGUCCAGAUUCAUGAUGUGCCCUCGGACCUCCUGACCUAUGACAGGACUGAUGAGGCUGAUGCAGAAGAGAGGGGUCCUGAGGAGAACUACAGCAGGCCAGAGGCACCCAAUGAGUUCUAUGAUGGAGACCAUGAUAAUGACAAGGAAAGCGAUGUGGAAAUUUAAGAAAGCCUGGGAAUGCUCUGCUCUAUGGAAUUCCUUUUCACCUCUUGGUUGGGCAGAGAGAGAAGGUGUGGCUCCGCAUUCCUGGACUGGUCGCCCCCAGGGCUUGUUACCAGCUCUGGGGAAGGGUUGGGAGCCCACAUCUGGUUCUAGAACCAACACUCCCUUUUCCUCUCCCUCCUAAGGCCUGACAAUGGUACCUGUAAGGGAGGGGAGGGAGGCAAGGACAGCUGCCCUGAGUCAUUUUGGGCAGUGGGCCUUAGAGGCCAGUCCUCAGCCCCUCUGGCCCUCUUAUUCUUUCCCUGUUUCCCUCGAACCAGAGACUUUUAGGACUGAAAGGGUAGGCAGGACUGAGAUUGCCUCUGAUUUCCUCUUCUCCUGAGUUUUCCUGCUACAGGCCUUUCUUCCAGGACAGGUAAAGAGAGAAUUUUUCAGAGAAUUCUGGCUCCCUAACACCAGAGGGAAGUGCGGUUCUGAGGGAGGGGAGGAUAUGGAUAUGUCAUGUUCUAACAUUUUUGGUUUUAUGUUCAUUUUACCACUGUUUUUAUCCAAUAAAUCAAGUUGGUAUUUUUUGUACCUUU